AUGAAUAACAAUAGAAAAAGUCUCCUCGAUAGCCUUCAUCAACAACAACCAAAUAAUAAUAAUAUUACACCAAAUUCAAGUCUUUCAUCUCCAACAGCAGCAACGAACGGAAUGAUGAAUGGAUUUCAAAGUAGUCUAUUCUACACUAAUACCAAUCAUAAUGUUAAUAGUAAUAAUAAUAAUAACAACAACAAUUCAAUUCUGGGAGGAAAUAAUCUCAUUCCAGGAAUGAAUUAUUCUCACUUUGUACAGCCACAUACAAACAAUAAUACGAAUAAUAAUAACUCUCUGUUGAAUCUUUCUCAACAACAACCAAUAUCAACGAAUAAUCCACAUAAUGAUGGCUUUCAAUUAUUGGGAAAUAACAAGUUAUUCUCUCAUUCUCCGAGUAAUAAUAACAAUUUAGCAAGCAAUCUCUUACGAAAUAAUAAUAAUUUAUCCAAUAGUAAUUUGACAAAUACAAAUUCAAAUCCAUUUGGAUUGUCCUUGUUGGGUUCCUCUACAACAGAACCUAUUGGCACAAGGAAUCAUGUAAUGAAUGCUCCUCCCAUGGGAAAUAUGGUCAACAAUGGCCUUGUGAAUAAUAAUUUGGGUAACAACUCCUUUAAUAAUGGCCUGACUGGUAAUUUAAACACUGGUGGAAGUAGUGGUUUACAUGGCGGAUUGGUCAAUAAUUUGAACAAUCCUUCUAGCUCCCUGUUAUCAUCAUUUCACAAUGAUUUUGGAAAUAGAGCCUUUCAACAACAGCAACAACAACAAUUUAAUAAUCUAAAUCUAUCUAUGGGCAAUACAAAUAGUGCUCUUGGAUGGAAUAAUAAUAUUGGUGGUGGAAAUAAUCUUGUUGGAUUUAAUACAACAGGCAACAAUGGUCUUGGAAAUAAGGAGUCAGCCAAGAAAAAACCAGAGCCACAACCAGUUUCACAAAAAUCCAAAUCCAAGAAAAAGAAUGAUAAAGCCAAAGCUGCCCAGGAAGUAAAGCCGCUCGUGGAAACACCAAAACUAGAGAAGGAGGAAAAGAGUGAACAAGAGAAACUUGAUGAAGAGUUGGCUAAAAAGCUUCAAAGAGAAUUUGAGUUGGAAUAUUUGAGAAAUUUGGACACUUCUUCCAAAUCCAAAAAUAAUUCGUUUACAACCUCAUCUUCUGGUAAGAAGAAGAAAGUCCUCGAGGAAAUUCCAGACAAGAUACCAUUAGCAUCUUCAUCAAACUCUUUCAGUGUGCUUGAGAGUGUUCCUGCAGAAAUUCAAUCAAGUGAAAAGACUACCAAAAAACAAACCCAAACACAACCAGUUUCUUCCAAAAAUUCCAAGAAAAAUAAGAACAAGAAGAAGAAUGAACCAACACCACAACCUAAAAAGGAAGAGAAGGAAAAACCUGAACCUGAGAAAGUGGAAAAGGUUGAAACCAAAACUAAAACUGAAGCUAAAGAGGAGGGUUAUAACAAACCUUGUAGAGAUCACUUUAAAGGAAAGUGUAAAUUUGGAUCUGGAAUUUGCCCAUACUCACACGACAGAUCAUUCUAUAUCAAGUAUCAACAGGAACAUCCUGACGAAUUUCCUCCACUCACCACACCAAAGAGCAAAAAGAAGGAAGUUGUAGAAAUUAUUCCUGAACCUCAAGCUCCUCAAAAAAAGACCGAGGUUUGCAUGAAGCACAGUUCUAUUCAAUCAUGUGGUAAUGGAAAGAAUUGUAAAUUCCUUCACUUGUCGGACAUGUCCCUUCAUGAUCUUUAUAGAAAAUGCUGUACUGGACAUUCUGAUAGAAUUUGCAAGUGUGCUCCUCAAAAUGAUCUUCCAAUUCUCUACAUUGAAGGAGUUACCAAGCUCACAAAGAAGCAAAUGCAAGAGGUUAAUGAGAAAUCUUUUAUGAAAGCAUUGGGUGUUUUUAAAAUGACUGAACAAGCAUUGUAUCAACAUCUCCCUGAGAUCAAGUCCAUUCCUUCAUCUGAAAGAAAACACAAGAGAUUCCUCUACAUUUUCCAUGAUACUUGUGUCAAAUUGAUAAUUUCUAAAAUUGAAAGAUCUGAAGCCAAUCGUGUGAAAAAACUCUUUAAUGAAACUGAAGAGGAGGAUGCAAGAAAGAGACAAGCAGAAUUAUCUUCUCAAAGAUAUGACCAAGAAAAAGAUGAUGAAUUACAUCCAACAUGGCAAAUUACUGGUCUUACAAGUCAUCAACAUUGUAUUUUGAGAUUUAUUGAAAGUGUCUUACCAUUAUGCUUUGUUGCUCCUGAUUGUGACAGUUAUGGAGAAGGAGAACCAUUCGAUGAGGCCAUGUACGGUCAUUCUGUAGAUUCAUACGAUCUUUUACGUUUGUAUCCUUCCAUUAUGGAAAGAGUAUUCGAAAUGAUUGCUCCAGAUGAUGAAUCUGAUGAAGAUCUUUCAAAGGAACUUUUAAUGAUGAUGUUGGGAAAGGCCUGUGAAAAGAAAAAGGCCAGUGCAAGUCAUGCAAACAAUACUCGUGAUCCUAAUUACCAAAAUCUUGUCAAUUGUAUUGGUCCAAUCGUUUUUGAUCCAAAUCAUCAUUAG